GGAAACAGUUCCGGGAAACCCCGCGUGUUGCCGGGGUCGCGCCGCCGUCCAUGAGGAGAAGGAGGAGCGCGCGCCAUUUGCCGUCGCUGCUUGGGCCCGAGCUGCGCCGCGCAGGCCCCGCUCCGCAGCAUAAUAAAAUGGCUAAUCAGGUGAAUGGUAAUGCGGUACAGUUAAAAGAAGAGGAAGAACCAAUGGAUACUUCCAGUGUAACUCACACAGAACACUACAAGACACUGAUAGAGGCAGGCCUCCCACAGAAGGUGGCAGAGAGACUUGAUGAAAUAUUUCAGACAGGGUUGGUAGCUUAUGUCGAUCUUGAUGAAAGAGCAAUUGAUGCUCUUAGGGAAUUUAAUGAAGAAGGAGCCCUCUCUGUAUUACAGCAGUUUAAAGAAAGUGACCUGUCGCAUGUACAGAACAAAAGUGCAUUUUUAUGUGGAGUUAUGAAGACCUACAGGCAAAGAGAGAAACAAGGCAGCAAAGUACAGGAAUCAACGAAGGGACCAGAUGAAGCAAAGAUUAAGGCUUUGCUAGAGAGGACUGGUUACACUUUGGAUGUAACUACAGGCCAGAGGAAAUAUGGGGGCCCUCCUCCAGAUACUGUAUAUUCUGGUGUUCAACCUGGUAUUGGAACAGAGGUUUUUGUUGGUAAGAUUCCCCGAGACUUGUAUGAAGAUGAAUUGGUACCACUCUUUGAGAAAGCUGGUCCAAUUUGGGAUCUGCGCCUCAUGAUGGAUCCUCUUUCUGGUCAGAACAGAGGUUAUGCUUUCAUUACUUUCUGCAGUAAAGAUGCAGCACAGGAAGCAGUCAAACUGUGUGACAACUAUGAAAUCCGUCCUGGGAAGCACCUUGGAGUAUGCAUCUCUGUGGCAAACAACAGGUUAUUUGUUGGGUCAAUUCCAAAGAACAAGACUAAGGAAAACAUAUUGGAAGAGUUCAGUAAAGUUACAGAGGGUUUGGUGGAUGUAAUCUUGUAUCAUCAACCUGAUGAUAAAAAGAAGAAUCGAGGGUUCUGCUUCUUGGAAUAUGAGGAUCACAAGUCAGCAGCACAAGCUCGCCGCCGCCUGAUGAGUGGGAAAGUGAAGGUCUGGGGAAAUGUUGUGACAGUGGAAUGGGCUGAUCCAGUAGAGGAACCUGAUCCAGAAGUGAUGGCAAAGGUGAAAGUUUUAUUUGUAAGAAACUUGGCGACUACUGUGACAGAAGAAAUUCUUGAGAAAUCCUUUUCUGAAUUUGGAAAGCUGGAAAGAGUAAAGAAGUUGAAGGAUUAUGCUUUUGUUCAUUUUGAGGACAGAGGCGCAGCAGUGAAGGCUAUGAAUGAAAUGAAUGGGAAAGAGAUAGAAGGGGAAGAAAUUGAAAUAGUGUUAGCAAAGCCACCGGAUAAGAAAAGGAAAGAGCGCCAGGCUGCCAGACAGGCCUCCAGGAGCACUGCGUAUGAAGAUUAUUAUUACUACCCUCCGCCUCGCAUGCCACCUCCCAUUAGAGGCAGAGGCCGUGGAGGCAGAGGUGGAUAUGGCUAUCCCCCAGAUUACUAUGGCUAUGAAGAUUAUUAUGAUGAUUAUUAUGGUUAUGACUAUCACGACUACCGUGGUGGCUAUGAAGAUCCCUAUUACGGCUAUGAUGAUGGCUAUGCUAUAAGAGGAAGAGGAGGAGGAGGAAGGGGUGGGAGAGGUGCCCCUCCACCACCUAGGGGGCGGGGAGCACCACCACCAAGAGGUAGAGCUGGCUAUUCACAGAGGGGGGCACCCAUGGGACCACCAAGAGGAGCCAGGGGUGGGAGAGGGGGUCCUGCACAGCAGCAGAGAGGACGCGGUGCUCGUGGAGCCAGGGGCAACCGUGGGGGCAACGUAGGAGGCAAGAGAAAGGCAGAUGGGUACAACCAGCCUGAUUCCAAACGCCGUCAGACCAACAACCAGCAGAACUGGGGCUCCCAACCCAUCGCUCAGCAGCCUCUCCAGCAAGGUGGUGACUAUGCCGGUAACUAUGGUUACAAUAAUGACAACCAGGAAUUUUAUCAGGAUACUUAUGGGCAACAGUGGAAGUAGACAAGUGAGGAGGGAUUGAGAAUAUUGGAAACAUAGAAUUGGCUCUAGCUCUACAUCCUUCAAAACAAAAUUGGCUUAAUGUUUCAUCCUUCAGUAGCGAUUGGCUGCCAUUUGUAUUGGGCUGAAGAAUCACUCUAUUGUGUAUAUACUCGAGUCUCUUAGUUUUCUUUUUUCAUAAACGCACUUGGACAUUACUGGGCUUGCAGAAUUCCUGAACUCCAUAAGGGGUUUCAAUGCUUUUAUCAUUUUAGGCUUCAUUUUAGCAGUUUAAAAGCAGGAAUGGCACACUGUUCAAUCAUGAUUUUGCAGAACCUCUGGUUUUGGACAGUUUCUUUUUUUAUUUUAUUUUAUUUCUUUUUUUUUCUUCCUUUUUUUUCUUUUUUUUUUGGAUUUGGGAUAGACUACAUAGGAGUAUGCUGUACAUAAAAGUAAAAGCCAGUGCUUUGUCUUAGUAGUUUUAAGAAAUUACAACAAAUUAAGUUUUCUUGUAUUGAAAAUAACAUGAUUGUAUGUUUUGCAUUCCUAGGAGUAGGUUAACUGUGUUUUUAAAUUGUUAUAACUUCACACCUUUUUGAAAAUCUGCCCUACAAAAUUUGUUUGGCUUAAAACGUCAAAGCCGUGGCAAUUUGUUCCUUGAUGUGAUUGUAUUUCCAAUUUCUUGUUCAUGUAAGAUUUCAAUAAAACUCAAAAAUCUAUUCAAAACAUUACCUAUUUCAAAUUCAAUUGUGUCCUAAAACAUUAUUUCAUUGGUAAUUCUUGUGAAAAAUAUUGUUUUCAAAGUAUAACUGCCAAUGUGAGUGAUCAAAUUAAUGCAAAUUUCUUGUGCUUUACAACUUGUAGCACUGUGGACAUCAGACUGAAAACUAGCAGAAAUUGUAGAAAGCCCAAAUGGCACUCCUUGUUUAAUUGAUGUUCAGUAACUUACCAGCAUUUAAUUUUGAAACAUUUUUUUUCUUUUAAAAAGUGUUGAAAUGUAUCCAAACAUUCAUAGAGAUUUCUAUUUUUAAAUAUAAUCCUCUAAUGUAAUAUGGAGAAGGAAGCAGAGCCUACAAUGGUGUUAAUUUUGUUACUUUUUAUUGUGUGCUGGGGAGUCCCUCUAAAGGCUGUUCUGCUAGGAUCCAGCAGUAUUGUAUCACUCAGUGCACAAACACAUAAGGAAAUGGUUUUGAUCUCAAGCAUCUAAAUCUAAUUUAAGGUAAUAUUUGAGUAGAAAUGAGAAUUAUAAAUAAGGUGCUGUGGCACAGUAAGCUAAGUUCUUGCUACACAUAGCACAAAUGCACUCUUCAUAUUCUGCUUAUUUCUAUCUUGACAUUUUAAUUUGAUGUUCUGCCAUGAUGAACAAUUUGCCUCAGAAUUCUCAUGCCUUGUAAUAAAGGCUGUUAAAAGAAAUACGUAUCUUUUGGGGGCAUUACUUAGCUACAUUAUUGGGGUAUUAUGUGUUGCUUUGACCCUUGUCUUGGACAUUCCCGGAUGUCAGUUUUAACUGGCAAGUCAUGACAUUACUCUUGUGUUGCAUCUGAGCCAUUCUGUACCCCAAUGAAGAACAUUUGCUUCUCAAGAAAAGAAAGAAAGAAACAGAUUUAAACUUUCUCUAAAGAAAACUAUUGCUGGACCUCAAAAUAUCCAAAUCAAAUCAUUUGCUCCUACUUGAUUUGCAGCAUUCUAAACACAGACUAUUGAGGAAGUUAAAACUUCAGUGGUCUUACUCCUCCCUUUGUCUUCUAUUCCUGUCUGGUGUCUCUCAAGUGUAUAAUGUCAGAAUGUAAAGAGAACGAUGAACCUUCCCACCCCUAACUGUGGUGGGUCAGGUAGAUGGUUGCAUGGUUUGAGUUUUCACCUGGGCUGUCAGAUGGAAAGUCAGGAUGUGUCUCUGGGUCCCAGAAAUGAGUUUACCCCUCUGUCAGGCUCUUCCUUUCAGAUUAAGAGAGUUGGUCAUAAAUAAUUUAAAAUGCCUUUCAGUAUUAGUAUUUAGUACCUUAAAACCCUUUUUUAGUUUGGGUUUUUUGUUGGGUUUUUUUUUGUUGUUUGUUUGUUUUUGGUUUGUUCUUUGUUUUUUUUUUACUUCAUAAUGUUAGUGGGAGCAGUGAAGUCAGAGUAUUGCCUGAGUAUACAUUUCAGGCUUGUAGUAGUAAGGAUUUGGCUUGUAAUUUUCUUGUAAUACAAGGAUUUGCUGUCCUGUCAGUAUGACUCUGUAGUACUUCCCCAGCUCUCGUGUUGCACAGUCCCUGUAGUCCCAAUAAGUAUUUGUUUUUCAGUAAUCUCAUUGCAGAGGGCAUGCAACCAAGCAGCUUAGUUGGAAUAAAAUUUGAAGUAUUUUCUGUCCUGAAAGCAAGAUAGUGUUCAUGUAGUGCAUGUCCCAAGUGGUAGCCCAGGAGAGGUAAAGUGCCAGGGCAUGGGGGGUGUGGGGAGGAAGUGAAUUACUUCAGUUUAUGAUGUUUACAAAACAAAUAAGGAACCAAAAUGUUAAAACGUUAAAUGAUCUUGCUUGAGAACU